CCUUCACGUUCUCCAGCUAUGUCUUCAUCUGACGGUAUCGGUAUUGCCAACUUGCCCAACCAGAGGCACAAGAUUGUGGCCAAGCAUGGCGCGCACUUCACCAUCAUGGUCGUCGGCGAGUCCGGUCUUGGGAAAACCACGCUCAUCAACACUCUUUUCUCCACCGAGCUUUCCCCCGCGAAGAACUACACGCGCCGUCACUACAAGCAACUCGACAAGCUCACCGAGGUCGAGAUCAUCAAGGCCGAACUCGAAGAGAAGCAGUUCAAGGUCAAGCUCACCGUUAUCGACACCCCUGGCUUUGGUGACUACGUCAACAACCGCGACUCGUGGGCUCCCAUCGUCGACUUCAUUGACGACCAGCAUGAGGCGUACAUGAUCCAGGAGCAGCAGCCGCAGAGGAGCGAGAAGAGCGACUUGAGGGUGCAUGCGUGCUUGUACUUCAUCAGGCCUACCGGCCACACCCUCAAGCCCCUCGACAUCGAGAUCAUGAAGCGCCUCGGGACCCGAGUUAACUUGAUUCCAGUCAUCGCCAAGGCCGACACGCUCACUCAAAAUGACCUGACUGUCUUCAAGCAGCGUAUUCGCGAUGUCAUUGCGGCGCAGAACAUUCGUAUUUACCAGCCACCCAUUGACCCUGAGGAUAAGACAGCCACUGAGCACGCUCAGCUCCUCUUGGACGCGAUUCCGUUCUCUAUCAUCGGGUCCACCGAAGACGUUCAGACCCCGGAUGGUCGAGUUGUCAAGGGUCGUGAAUACCUCUGGGGUGUCGCCGAAGUCGAGAAUGAGAACCACUGCGAUUUCCGCAAGCUGCGCUCUCUCCUCAUCCGCACCUACAUGUUGGACCUUAUCUCCUCCACCGAAGAGGCGCACUACGAGAACUACCGCCAGCAGCAGAUGGAGACGCGCAAGUAUGGCGAACGCAAGGUCAAGAAGUUCAACAACCCCAAGUUCCAGGAGGAAGAGGAGCAGCUCAGGAAGCGCUUCACGGAGCAAGUCAAGGCGGAGGAGGCCCGCUUCAGGCAGUGGGAGCAGCAUCUCAUCGCCGAGCGCGACCGUCUCAACAAGGACCUCGAGACCGCCCACAGCACCAUCAAGCAGUUGGAGGCGGAGUUGGACAACCUGCAAGUCAGCUACGGUCGUGGAAGCGGUCGUCGAUAAGCGGCUCGUUCUUGCCUUUCCUUGUCCCUAUACAGACACUGUCCACACUCUUUUCCGUCGUUCUUGUUUGUUUCUAUUCUUAAAAGAUGAUCCUCUCUGGCGCCAUCGUUUCGCGUAUACCCCUCUUGUUGUUCAGUCUGUCCUUCUAGUCUCUCUUUUGUUUUAAUUUGGCUCAGGAUUUAAUGGUACAUUGGACAGUGUUCUUCCGUGCCUUUUGCGUGUGCUACACUUUCCUCAUCGAAAGCUCAUUUUGCAGGUCGAGGUCUGCCCGCAUGUUUUCUUUCCUCAGCCCCUCAAAACUGCACCAUUUCGUUCUGAACAAUAUUGGGCCAGAUAUACGCAUGCUCAGAGAGCGAA